CUGCUGAAGGCUUGGGUGAUCAGAGCCUGAGGAAGAGCAGCGUUGCUGACUAACCAGGCUAGGAUGCGAGCUGCCCGAGUUUCGUGGAUGACUACCUACCUAGGUACCUGGGAAGGUAGGUAGGCUUCCACAGCCAGCGUCGAUACAAGAUACCACCACUCGCACAACCUGACUCGACAGAACGUCCCGAGCUUCAGAGAGACAAGGCCUUUUCCGGCUCCACAAAGUAUAGUAUCCAAGACAGCUCCGGAGAAACAACCCAGGAAAGUGUCCGCCAGUCACCAAACUGCCCCUCCAUCUCGCUGUUACACCCGCUUUGACGGCCCAACCCAUGGAUUCCUGAGACAUUUGCGUGGGGGAAAGCAGCCAUCAUCAUAAAGAGUAAAACGUACUCUGGAGGCCGCAUCCGGCAGGUACCUAGCCAUGAGCAUCGCCAACUACCCGUCACUCAGCCCGGAAGAGUUCUCCGAGGCCUGUCACCACUUGGACCGGCAGUAUUGCCGCGCCGAGUUGGGCCCGGAGCGGCUCCGGUGGAAGCUCAGGGUAUGUGCGGCCCUCGACACAGACUUUACCUUUGAAGGGGGAUACACUACGUACAUUCAAAUCAGGCGGCCGCUGCAGACGGACCUGGACCACGGUGACCUCUCGCUGGACCUUGACAACUUUUCAUUCUCUGAGGAUCCAAAGGGGGAUGCUGCACUUGCGGGGGACAGCGACAUGAUGGAUGCUGAGAAUUCGGACGAGGCGGUCCUCAUAAAACAACCGUCCCGUCUAGACGUCGGGGUAGCUGAAUAUGAAAUCCAUCUUCAUCCUACAUAUCGAGUGCCUUGUCUGUGGUUCACUUUACGUGGCCUCCCCGCCCAAGAACCCGCCUUCAAUAUCGACACCGUCUUCCGCCGCCUGGUACCCGACGAGUACAAGGCGGGCCUCCGCUCCCUUGGCGGAGUUGGUGGCAUCUCGGCCGAUCAUCACCCUAUCACGGGUGUUCCGUCCUUCUUCGUCCACCCUUGCCUGCUCGGGGAUGCCAUCUCCAAGUUCGAGUGCGACAGGACGAACUACCUCAUGAUUUGGCUCGGGCUUGUGGGAGGGUGCGUAGGCUUGUGGGUGCCCAAGGAAAUGGCAAUCCAAUGACGCGACCCUGGUCGUUUAACGGGUUCCGUCUCCUAUCGAUGUACCUGACCAUCGACUCGGUCCAUUAUUCAUCAUCGCUGUCCUCCUCCAUGGCCACAUCGUCGUCACUUUCGUCCUCGGAGUCACGGGUUCGCUUCUGGCCGCGAUCCCCUGGUGAG